GCCUGCGCAGAACGGUCCUCUCUCUUCUGUCUGUUAGUGUUAGUUUUGCCGGUCCGUCCGUCACCGACAGAUCUCCGGUGUCAGGUUUCAGGAAUAACUUUACCAUGAUGUGGUGGACUCUUUUGAUGCUAGACGGAUUUUUGUUGCCGAUUCUCGCUCGUUCCAACGAGAUAUACCAGUUGAGAGGUGAAGGAGACUACAGGUUUGUCACUCUGCACUGGCAAUAUCCUACACAACUAGCCGGGCUUCAUGGCUUCCAGGUGGACUAUUGUGAACUGCAGGCUUGGGGGCCCAACCGCUGCAGAUCCAAAUUUCUAGAUGCCUCGUCUGGGGUACCUUACAUGGGUGAUCCAGAGUUCCGAGCAUACUCAGUGAUUGUCAACGGACUCAGGAUGGCGACCAAUUACAGCUUUGAGGUUCAGUCGAGAGAGUCUCGUAGGACAAGGUUCUACGUACAACCUCCGGCCUCGGCUCCUUGGAACCUCAAUCCAGCAGCCGAGAGAAUUGUGGUCACCACUAAAGGAUUUUCCGCGAGAGCCAGCUUAUGUCUACCCACAGCGAGUGAGGUGGAGGUUUGGACGGGACCGUACUUCAGUGGCCGCAUUGCUGUGGAGGUAGCCGCAGGGGUACCAGGGCCUUGUAGUGUAGAUGGAGACCCGACAAGUCCACAGGACUCCUACACACUCAGGAUAGAUCACGAUCUAUGUGGCAGCAAGGUGAACCGCACUGCUGUCGAGACGUUUAUCCUUGUACAAGAGAACCUCCCUAUCCUGACACACAGCACUCGCAGGUUCCUGGUCUUGUGUACCUUCCAACCAGAGACACUCACCGUCAGAGCAGGACUCAACUUGCCUCACACAAGCAACGGUGUGACGAGUCCAGAGGCAGCCGAAGUAGACAACCAGGUUCACGAGCACAACAACGUUCACGCGUCAGCACUACAACUGUCUGAUGAGUCUGCUCGCGCCUACGCUGAACAAGUGUCCGAGGCCCACACAGUUAUGUUGUGUGUGGUCAUUGCGGCUGGACUCGUGGUGAUCGGACUUACGGUUUGGUGGUUUAUGCCUCUCAAGACAAAAUCAAGACGACAAUCAAUACUGUCCGAUGACACGACUUACACAUCAAACUCGACAGUUGAUGAGAACUAUGAGAACUCCAUCCGAGACUCAGAGCUGGACUUUGAGACGGCCAAUGACGUUUGUGGAGAGAGAGAUGAGAAUAUCUUGAGGGAAGGUGUGUGUAACGAGAUUCUACAAGAAACGUGCGUGUCUCUGAACGUAGAUUGGCAGGACACCAUUAGACCGGAGUGUGCAACGCAAUCAGAAGCUUGAUCAACAAGUAAACUAGUGAAUGGAUACAGUUUUAAUAUCAAACGUUAAGGUGUACAAUGUACACUUAGGCUAAACUUGAUGUGAAUUACGUUAAAUUAUUUUAGUUUGAUGUGAAGACUAAAAUAUUUUAUAGGGCUAAACUGAAUGUAUUGUGGCAAGAGAUGUUAAGUUUACUUCUUAUCAUGUCGAAACAUGUUUUGAGCUUGAAAGAAAAGCUGGACAUACACAUUAGGUACUUUCGAAAGAUUGACUAAAAAAAACCAAAAAUUUGGAAUCAAUUUUUAAAAUAAUUUACAAUUGUAUUAGGGCAUUGAGAGUAAACAUAUCCAAACCCAAUAAAAAAAUAUGAUUGGCAAGUCUUUAAUGUAGUUAUGGCUACAAUUUUUUUAAACUUCAUAUUAUUGGUAGUUUAAAUUAAUUAUUGUCUUUUAAAACUAUUUUUACUACUUAACCCAAAAAAUAACGUUUAUGAAAAGAGUUAAAUGUGUGUUGGUCAAAGUUGUCAAAUCGAAAUAAGUGUCCACCCUUUUGAAAUGACAAAUACCGAUUCUAGUUUCCAAAUUAAUUACGAUUAGCAAAUUGUAUUGUGAAAAAUGUUUACGAGUAUAGCUUUCAUUAUUAAAUAAAUAAUGGUCUGUAGAACUUAUAGGCAAUGUAAAAACAGCUUAGUAUAGUAUUUUUAGAUAGUGUUUGGAUUAAUAAGAAAUGUAAAGUUACACUAGAGUAUAAAGUUUAUUAGGUAUGUUAUUUUUUACAUUGUUAGUUCCUUCGUAAGCUAUUUUAU